AUGCAAGAAGCCUAUCAGGAGAAUGAAACAAGACGUAUAGUAACUCUUGAACAAUUCAUUGUCGACACAUUCACUAGGAUAGGUGAAGAUGGGAUCGAGAGGGCUGUUGAACAGCCUGAUCAGAUAGGUGGAGGAGGGACUUAUGCCAUCAUAGGUUCAAGAAUGUUCGUACCGCCCUCUCAGCUGGGUAUGAUAAUCGAUUAUACUCCAGAUACUUUACCUCAAAAUAUGCGCCAUGUGCUUUGCGAGUACGGUAAGGAGAUGUGGACAUUUAGGAAGAGGCAAGAUGGACAUCCGACCGCUAGGGCUGUUAACAGGUACAAUAGACAGACAAGGGGCUUCGAAUACCUGACUAAACCUAUACUUCUCACUCCAUUUUCCCUUCUUGAUACUCCCUUCGGAGAACCACUACCUUCUACAAUUCACCUCAUAUCAUACCCUGCUCCAAGGAUCGAAGGUGUACUCGACGAGGUGAGAGCGCUAAAGCAACAGAAACAAUGGGAUCCGAUUAUAAUUUGGGAGCCUGAAGAAGAGAGUUUGGAAGUAACACGGAAAGUAGCUAAAGAUAUAGAUCUCAUAGGACCAAAUCAUCAUGAAGUUCUUCGAUUAUUUUCACCCACCAUACCAUCUUCCCCGACCGAAGCAGAUCUAAAAGCCGUAUACAGCCAAGCAUGCAAGAACCUCUUAUCGCUCCAACCCAAGACAGGCGUUGUGGUUCGCUGUGGUCAUUUGGGAUGUUGUUAUUCCAUCAGUCCCCCUCUAGGACUCGAUCCAGAAGUGAGAUGGGUACCAGCCUACUGGAAUCCUCGGAGGAAGGGGUGGAACGAGAGUAGAGUUGUUGAUCCGACUGGAGCUGGAAAUGCAUUUAUGGGCGGACUGGCAGCUGCGUUAGACUCGGGAAAGUCUCUUGGUGAAGGAGUGUUAUGGGGUAGUGUAGCUGCUUCAUUCACGAUCGAGCAGGAUGGACUGCCUACGUUGAGUAAGUUGGGUGGGAAGGAAUUAUGGAACGGGGAGGACCCCUGGGAGAGGGUGAGGAUCAUGAAGGAGGACUUGAGCAUGAUAUGA